UCUCUACAGUUCUCCUUUCUCUCUCUAGACCAGCCAAAACCUCAACCAAUUACUGUUUUUUAUCAGCUAGAGAGAGAGAGAGAGGGGGGGAGAGGAAGAUGGAGAAAGAAAGCUCGAAAACAUCGGUUCAUGGAGGAACAAGCAAUAUCAGGAGGAACUUAAGCUACAACGACAUUUCCCGAUCGCCAUCACCAUCGCCGUCAUUUCUCAAUUACGAAUCAGACGGCGGAGAGUUCACGACGUACGAAAAGGAAAUAAUGAUGGCGUCACGCUUGCAUCAAUCUGAUUUGCUAACAGACCUGCACCACCAUCAGGACCUCGUGGACCGCCAAAACACCGUGCUUUCUUACAUGAAAGAGGCCGCCAAGCAAGCCCAAGCACUCCGGCAAGAGAACAUUAAUCUGAAAAUGGUCAAUGCUGAGUUGACCAAUCGGUUGGGAUUGUUGAUCAAAGCCACGUCGGAGUACGCCGCAUCGUUCGGGUUCUCGGGUGUGGACCCGGGUUUGAAUGUGGAUUCUUUGUUGAAUGGGUUGAGUAGGAUGAGUUUGGCGGAUGGAGCUGGAGUUAAUGAGGGGAAUGCUUGGAGUGGCCCGGCGGCUGAUGGGGACAGUCCGAGUCCGACGAGUGUGAUGGAAUCUGGUGGAGUAGAAGGGAGUGGGGAAGGGACCCCGGGCAGGAUUCUGUUGCCCAAGAGCAUAUCGAUUCGGUCCACUGGAUACUUGAAGCCGGUUCAACCUGGUGGGAAUGGUGGCGGGAAGGUAAAUAAGGUACAGAACCGUAGCAAAAUCUGGGAUGACACGCAUAAGGUCUUCGUGCGAGGAGGGAAAAAGGAAGAGCAGCCACUUGAACUGGAGGUCUACAAUCAAGGCAUGUUCAAGACUGAACUCUGCAACAAAUGGCAAGAAACUGGGGCAUGCCCAUAUGGAGACCACUGCCAAUUUGCUCAUGGAAUUCAGGAGCUUCGCCCUGUAAUUCGCCACCCACGGUACAAGACAGAGGUGUGUCGCAUGGUGCUGAAUGGUGACCACUGCCCUUACGGACAUCGCUGCCACUUCCGCCAUACUCUCACUGACCAGGAAAAAGUCAUCAGGUCCAUCAACAUAAGGUCUCUCAAGGUGCUAAAUCGGUAGCUUGUGAUUAUUCAUUGUUUAUCAAACUCGUGGUGAUAAUGGUUUACUGAUCACGGAAAUGUAAAUGAAUGUGAAGAGCUGUUUAUAAUCCUUAAAAUAAUUCAUUAAUUAGUAAAUUGCAAAAGGAAAUAAAUGCACAGUGAAGCACUCGGCGUAUCUGUAUCAUCAGGAUCAGAAGUGAAAGAGAAUAUAUGCUAGAAGCUGAAACUUGAAAGCAUCAGAAUGACAGUCAGUCUCUAGGCAAGUUGGGUGAUCUGUAUUAUUUUCUCGUCUAUCUGUUUGUAAAAAUAGGCUUUUGGCAUUUGUCAAGUAAAGAUUAUUCUUUCUUAGCCCAUAAAAUAGAAGAAGCAUGGCAAGAUAGGUUAAAAAAGCUCCUCUACUUCAUCAUGUAAUCUAAAUAUGGCCCAAGUAAUAAGCGUUUCUGAUUUU